AUGAAUAGUUCCAGCAUCCUCACCAAGUUGGGAAAGAAGUUGCAGAAGUUAGCUUCUAUCAACAAGAAGAACAAUUUGCUACCAAGAACAACUUGGAAUGAUGAAAGAUCAUCUGUGCUUGCUUACAAGGGUCAUUUUGUUGUCUACACAGUCGAUCAGAAUCGCUUCGUAAUUCCCUUAGUAUUUCUUAACAGUGGGAUUCUCAGAGCGCUAUUAGAAUUAUCUAAGAACGAGUUUGGGCUGCCAAGUAACGGACCAAUCACAUUACCAUGUGAAGCAUAUUUCAUGGAAUACAUAAUCAUGUUAAUCCAGAGAGGUGUGGAUAAAGAUCUGGAGAAACCUUGGCUUAUGUCAAUUGCCCCAUGCUGUGCCUUGUCAUAUUCUCUCCCAUAUGAAGAACCAACAACCCUGCAACUCCAUGUUAGUGCUGAGUGUGUAUAUUGGACUCCUUAA